AUGGCGCUGGCGAUGCUGCGGGACUGGUGCAGGUGGAUGGGCGUGAACGCGCAGCGCUCGCUGCUCCUCUUGGGCAUCCCGGACGACUGCGACGAGAACGAGUUCCAGGAGGCCGUGAGGGCCGCCCUGUGGCCUCUGGGCAGGUACCGAGUGCAGGGCAAGGUCUUCAGAAAGGAGCUGGGGACCAGGGUUGCCUUGGUCGAAUUUGCCGACUACUUAAACCGCAGCUUGAUCCCCCGACAGAUACCAGGCAAAGGUGGGCCCUGGAGGGUGAUCUACCUGCCCCAGGCCCCUCAUGCCGAGUUACAGGAGAGACCUGCUUUCCCCAUACAGCCCCAGGGGCAAGAAGUGGCUGACAGGGCAGGUGAGGCAGGAGCCGCAGGUGUUGCAGAUGCUGCAGGUGAGGUAAGAGCUACAGAUGAGGCAGGAGCUGCAAGUGAAGCAGGAGCCCCAGGUGAGGCAGAAGCUGCAGGUGAGGCAGGGGCAGCAGGUGAGGCAGGAGCUUCAGGUGAGAAAGGGGUAUUAGGUGAAGCAGGAGCUGCAAAUGAGACAGAAGCUGCAGGUGAGGCAGGAACUACAGGUGAGGCAGAAGCUGCAAGUGAGCCAGAAGCCACAGAUGAAGCAGGAGCUGCAGGUGAGGCAGGAGAUGAGAAUGCGGCAGAAGCUGUGGGUGAGGCAGAAACUGCAGAUGAGGCAGGAGCUGCAGGGGAGGUAGAAGCUGCAGGUGAGGCAGGAACUGCACGGGAGGCAGAAGCUGGAGGUGAGGCAGGAGCUGCACAGGAGGCAGGAGCUGCAGGUGAGGCAGGAGCUGCAGGUGAGGCAGGAGCUGCAGGUGAGGCAGGAGCUGCAGGUGAGGCAGGCUAUGAGGAUGUGGCAGGAGCGCUAGGUAUGGCAGCAGCCCUAGGUGAGGCAGGAGGUGCAGACGAGGCCGACGCCUGGGCCCAGCAGUGGAGACACGCCCUGCAACCCGUGCUGGAGAGCCUGGCCUACCAGGAACUGAGACCCUUUUCAGGGCGAGAAGAGCCAGGCCCUGGGGAAGAGCCCUUUCAGGGCUGGCUAGACCACGCCUAUGACAUGCUGUACCUGUGGCGCCACGUGUCGGAGAAGGAGAAGAGGAGGAGGCUGGUGGAGUGCCUGAGCAGCCCAGCCCUGGACCUCCUGUAUGGCCUCCUGGCAGAAGACCCCGACCUCCCAGCGCAGGACUGCCUGGUCGCACUGGUACAGGUGUUUGGGACCCAGGACACGCGCAUGACUGCGCGGCUCAAGUUCCUCACCUGCGCCCAGGAGCCCGGGGAGAGCCUGUUUGCCUAUGUGAUGCGCCAGGAAGGCCUGCUGCAGACGGCCAUGGAGAAGGGGGCGGUGCACCCGGCCAUCGCAGACCAGGUGCGUGCGCGGCAGGUGCUGAUGCGAGCUCACCCCAAUCCCACUCUGUACAACAAGCUGAGGAGGAUGCGCGUGGAGGGGCGGCCUCCUGGUUUCGUGGGGCUGCUGCGUCUUGUUAGGGAAACUGAGGCAUGGGAGGCUGCCCAGGCCAGGGGGGAGCUGUCCCAGGUGGAAGAAGGGGCCCACACAGCCGGUGGAGCCCCAGCCACUGCCCAGGCUGCCCCAGGCAAUGAAGAUGCCGUCACAGACAAUGAAGAUGCCACUGAGGCCUCUGUGUCUAACGAAGAUGCUUCCUCAGACAACGAAGAUGCCAGUGAGGCCACCCCAGCCAAUGAAGAUGAUGCAGAAGCUGCCCCAGGCAACGAAGAUACUGCUGAGGAGGUCCCAGCUGAUGAAGAUGCUGCCCAGUCCGACUUGGCCAAUGAAGAUGCCACUGGGGAGGCCUCAAGCAAUGAAGAUGCCGACCAGGUCCACCUAGUCAAUGAAGGUGCCACAGAAGCUGCCGCAGCUAAUGAAGAUGCUGUCAGGGAGGCCCCAGGAAAUCAAGAUGCUGCCCUCACAGCUCUAGCCAAUAAUUACAUAGCCCAGACCGCUCUAGCUAAUGAAAAUGCUGCCAAAGCUGCCCCAGCCAAUGAGCAGGCCAAUGAGGCUGUUCACAACACUGAAGAUGCCACUGCUGCUGCUGCAGGAGCCACCCCUGCCACUCACAAAGAAGAAAGUGCUCCCGCCCCAGCCCGGGUGGGCAGUGUUCCUGGGGCAGGCCCGGGAGCCCUAGGCUGUGGGCCGGAGGGCCCUGCCAAAGCAGGAGACCCAGAGGCCACGGAGGCUGAGGAGCCGCCCGACGAGCGGCUCCAGUCCAUCCUGGAGGAGUCAGAAAACGAAGGCGAGGCUGGCAAGAUAAGCCUGCCCGAGUCCUCCUCAGACCAGUAG